UCCACUCCUCCAAGUUGAAGCUCUCUUCUUCUCCUCUCCUUUUCUCCCUCAAUCCUCUCCCUUCUUUUCUUUUUCUCCAAAAUACAUAACAUGGAGACCACUCAAGAUCAUGAAAUCUCACCCACAUUCUCAACUACUGAAAAGAAGAGAACCCACCAAGAAUGUGAGAUGGGUCAUGAAGCCCUUCAGUCUUCUAAUGGUCUCCUCCACCACAGACGACGUUCAAAGUCCAUUAAUAAAAGGCCCCGCAGGAAGCAAAGGAACGCCAAGGCAAAGCUUCAGACGAAUAACCCUAAUGCUAGUGGUGAAGACGAAGGAGAGAAGGUUGGGAUACAGAAGAGAAUCAUGUUGUUGCAGAGUAUCAUCCCUGGGGGUGAGUCACUUGGGAUUGACAAGCUUUUUGAAGAGACAGCUCUCUAUAUAUUGGCUCUGCAAGGCCAAGUUAAGGCCAUAAAAAUUCUUACCAGUUUGUUUGAAAGCCUCGAGAAGGAUAAGUCCAAGUUUGAAGGCUGAUAAUCAGUUCUUCCUUGCUUUCUAGCUCUCUGUAAACUCUCAAUUGCUUCCAUUUUUCCUCUCGUUUUAUUUUCUUUUUAAAAUUUCUCUCCAUAAUUUUUU